AUGUCCAUUGCGUAUUGCCUUAGCGGUAAUACCGGAUCCGGCAUUUCACCGUCAACUUCUACCGGAUCCGGAAAUCUACCGGUUACAACCGCUAGCGCACUUCCGCAUCCGCAUUAUCGUCCUCAGUCAUUGUCUGAUACACUGUUAUUGGCGCUGCGGCAGCGGCCAUCGACACGUUUAUUUCGCGCCUUAUUUCAAUAUAUUCCAGUUCGGGAUUCACCGAAUGAAAAUCCACAAUUGGAGCUACCAUUACAAGAAGGGGACUACAUACUUGUCCACGGUGAAAUGGACGAGGAUCAAUUUUAUCACGGUGAAACAUUAGACGGUCAAACGGGUUUGGUACCGUCAAAUUAUGUAGAACGUGUUACCGACGAGCAUCUGCUGUCAAAUUCAACGCGGGCUCCGUCGCCAUCAUUUCCUCUAACUGUGCCUCAUCAUCUUACUCAAAUUCAACAUGAUUUUUCUAUUAUAUGUCCUAAUGACCAAAUACUGCCCGAUUCGGUCUGCCCAUAUCCAGCAGUUGAUGUUUCUAAUGUAACUGUGCAGGAAAUUAAGCAGAUCGAUGUACCUCGAGGUACGCUGAACAAAUUCUACUUAUCUAAUGUUGAAUAA